CCCAUGUCCGUCCCUAACUCUAGUGUGUGAGUUUUGGGUUUCGUCGCCUAUAGUCACGCGAUCGCUAAGAUGUCGGUGGUACGGAGCAAACUCCCAGAUAUACCGAUCCCAGAUGAUGUACGAUCUUUCCCGCGGUUUAUGCUCCAGAAGUUCGCCGAGUAUGGGGACGAGAAAGCCCUUAUUGACAGUGCAACAGGCAAGUCCUUCACAUUCUCAGAGCUCUGCACUUUAAUAAGAAAAUGUGGCUCAGUUCUGGUACGACGAGGUGCUCAAAUAGGAGACACAAUGGCUGUCAUUUUGCCAAACAUGAUAGAGUACCCGGUGGUGUGCUACGGUGCCUUGUCUGUCGGCAUGAGGGUGACAACACUCAACCCUCAGUAUACAGUGCGUGAGAUGGUCCCCCAGCUAAAGGAUUCACAAGCAAACUACAUUAUCACUACACCUGAACUGAUUCACCAGGUGAAUCAGGCUGCAGCAAAGUGUUCAUGUGUACGCCGUGUUUUUGUCUUGGCUGAUACCCCUGGCCACCAAACAUUGUAUGACCAGAUACUUAACGAUGAUGGCUCUGCCUUUCCCAGUCACGUGCCUGUCAACUGGAAACAGGAUGUUGCUUAUAUACUUUACUCCAGUGGAACCACAGGCCUCCCAAAGGGAGUAUUACUCACACACUACAAUCUGAUAUCAGCAGUUGUUAUUCUAAAUAAUUUCUGGGCUAUGACAUCAGAGCAAACUACAGAAGCUAGCAAAAUCAUCCAAGUCUUGAUAGUCCCAAUGUUUCAUGUGUUUGGACUUGCGAUUAUGUUAGGAAUCAAUAUAGCUAUUGGGGUAACUAUGGUGUGCAUACGGCAGUUUGAUCCUGUGUCAUUUUUGGAGGCAAUUCAAAAGUACAAGGUGACAAAUAUAAGUGUGGUUCCGCCAUUACUUAUUUUCCUGGCCAAGCAUCCGAGUGUGUUAAAGUAUGAUCUGUCCAGCGUUAAGUCUGUAGGGUGUGGGGCCGCACCACUCGGCGAGGAAAUGAUGGAUGCAUUCAUGUCCAGAUUCCCAAAUGUAGAAUCAAACCAAGGGUAUGGCCUGACUGAAUUUUGUGUAGCCUUAAUAGGCCGCAAGAAUUUAAAGAAACCAGCAUCUGUUGGAGAAGUCUUGCCUUGUUCUCAAGUUAAGGUAGUUGAUCUGAAGACAGGUGUCGCCCAGCCCGCUGGAAAACAGGGGGAAAUUUGCAUCAAAGGGCCUUUGAUGAUGAAAGGAUACUUAAACAAUCCUGAAGCCACUGCAAACACCAUUGACCAUGAGGGAUGGCUCCAUACGGGAGAUAUUGGUUACUAUGACGACCAAGAGCAUUUCUACAUUGUUGGCCGUGUUAAGGAGCUCAUCAAAUAUAAGGGGUUUCAGGUACCCCCUGCAGAGCUAGAAGACUUGCUCCAGUCCCACCCCGACAUCGCUGACGCCGCAGUAAUAGGUGUCCCGGAUGAAGAAGCAGGCGAGCUUCCCAAGGCAUUCGUAGUUCUCAAGGCGGGGACUCUUGGAACCACCCCCCAAGACAUCAUUCAGUUUGUUAGCGAGAAUAUAUCGCCACAGAAAAGGUUAAGGGGAGGGGUUGAGAUAGUUGACAGCAUUCCCAAGACCCCUAGCGGGAAGAUUCUGAGGCGCCAACUGAGAGAACAAGAGGUGGAGAAACGCAAGAUGAAACACAAGUUGUAGAAAUGUGAGAUAACAGCUAUAUGAUAUUUGCAGGCAUCUUAAUGUAUCGCCGCAGUUGAAUUUCAUGGUAGAGAACAGUAACAGAACAAGUUAGGUUGUUAUUUUAAUUUUUUUUUCACUUUAAUAUACGCUUUCUUACAUUCUUUAACACCCUUAUACACUUUCUUACAAUCUAAAGGAUUUGUAAAACCAUGUAAAAUCAUGUAUUAUUGAAAAAAAGUGUAUAGAAAAUGUAUAUGCUCUGUUAAACUAUGAAUGUUCUAGUUAGUAGCAAGUGUAAAAAUAUACAUCUUUAUAGUGCCUCA